AAAUGUCACACUCGGUUGUGAUAUAAUAUUUUUUUUUGAUUUUUUCUGAGCCGUUUUUCAAUUGACCAAUUAUCGGCAUAAUUGGUACGCAGAGUUCAUGUUCUUUGGCAUAUAGAUUUGUGGGGAAUUUUUUCGCAGGAAAACGGUUCAUUAUUCAAUAUCGUCGCAUUUAUAAUGAUUGAGUGCAUUGUAUUCCGGUGCUACGUCGUUCCUUCCGUUGCUAUGACAACGCACUGUUUCCCAUGUUGAUACAAAACAAACGCUCACAAUUAUUAUAGUUGUUGGGUCAGAUUCAGUGCUUUUUGGAGUGUUUUCAAAUGCAAACUAUUUUUGAAAUACGGUUUUAAAAAUUACAAACACGGAGAAAUUAUGGCCGAACCUAUUUCUAUUGGAAGUAGCACCGUAAAAGAGAAUAGGAUAUCGUUUUUCGAGCAUCGCAAUAAAAUUAUUGAAAUACCGAAUAGUGCCAGCCUAACGCUGCAAAUCCUGCUAUUUACCAAUGUUUACCUGUCUCCGGUGUGGAUAUUAUCUUCGCUACAAUUCUUCUAUAUGAAUGCAUUCGAUGAGUCUGGCAAGCAUAACACCAUCAUCUUAGGCGGUGCCCUCUUCCUAAUUGCUGCUCCGCUCGAAAUCUGUCGCCUUUACCUGGGCUAUUCAGGCAAUUUAAGAGAAAAAAUUGCUGAUUUUGCCGGAUUCUUGAUUCUUUCAACAUUCAUCCAGCAACCAAUUGAAAUUUUCUUUUUCUACAUCGUGCACAAAGCAAAAGUGUUUUGGCUUCAGAUCUUUGUUCAACUGUUGGCCACAGCUUUAGUUUUCUUGCAAAUUGUGAUCGGAUACGUGGCCAUGAGACGAAUGACACAAUUAAAGGCACAACAAUUUCAUAUUCUUACGCUAAUCGAGCAAAGUAAUAAAAAUCGGUAA